GUGUUUCUACAUGGUCCUAUUUUGGCGUCGUACCUUACGUAGUUGCCGCACUUCCUUCCACUGACAGAAAUAGAGCGGGGAAAUUUGACAUGCACCGUGCCUAAAGUUACAUUAGUGUUUACUUAUUCAUUCCUUGGAAAACGUGUAGUUUGUUGCUGUUUGUUUGGCGAAUCAAUCUUUAAUCGACACACUAUCCGCUUAUCCUGCCGUCCUGAGCCAACAUGAGAACUUUAGAGGAGGUUCAGGCCACUCUGGAGAUCGCCAAGCUGAAAGAGGAGGAUCUGCAGAAAACGAUUCACUGCCUAUCCUUCGGGGAAAAUGUUUCAUCUGCAGACUACUGCCUGAUGGAGCUGGACGACACACUGCUCAAACACAUAGAAGCUGGCCAAAGUCUGGUGAUUCGAGGGGAUAAAGAUGAGCGUGCAGUCCUCUGCAGUGGUGACAAAACCUAUGACCUAAAGAUAGCCGACACAUCCAACAUGCUGCUGUUUCUGCCGGGAUGCAGAACACCAGACCAGCUAACUAACAGCCAGGAAAGCUCUCAUGUGGUGCACACUCAGAUCUGGGGAUUUUGUAACAGCUACUGGGAACUGAGGAAGCAGCGUCCGAAACUUAAGAAACUGAAGAAGCUCUUAAUGGAAAAUCCUUAUGAAGGACCUUCUUUAGGAGGACAGGAGGAGAAUACAGAACACAGGUACACAAUGCAGGAUCUGUUGGAGAGGAUUCAGGCCAGUGAAGAGGAGCUGAAGGCCCACUUAGAGGCCAUCCAUGCCUGUCAGAUAGAUGGAUACUGGCGCGCGCUGGACUUUGACUACGAGAUGAAGCUGCUCGGUCAUGUGACUCAGCUGGUGGAUUCUGAGUCAUGGUCCUUCGACAAGGUUCCCCUUAAAACGAGUCUGGAAGAGUUAGGUCCACUAGAGCCCAAAGAGAUGAUCGAGCACUGUUUGAACUGCUAUGGGAGACGCUAUACUGAAAACGAUGAAGUUUUUUAUGCGCUACAUGAGGAUAAAGUGUGUCAAGGAAUGGCGCUGCUGCUGCUGCAGAACGCUGUCAAGUUCAACCUGAGGGAGUUUCAGGAAGUCUGGCAGCAGAGCGUCCCAGACGGCAUGAGCACAAGACUGGAGCAGCUAAAGAGUGUCGCCCUGUUGGACCGCACCUCCCGUCCAGAGACCAUCUGCCUGCUGCGCGUGGAGGACCUCCCAGAGGACACACUCGAGCGCUUCAACCACCUCUUCACGCUCAGAGAGAAAUGGACAGAAGAUGACAUCACGCCAUACAUACAGGACCUGUGUGGAGAGAAACAGACCACUGGAGCCCUCCUGACCAAAUAUGCUCGAUCCUCAAUGCAAAAUGGCAUCAAGGUCUUCAACUCCAGAAGGCCUGUGGCUACGUGAACACGCCCUCUGUCCAAGAAUUGAACUCACUUUUGGAAAUUAUUAUGGUUACAUGUAUUCUCAGAGUGACUUUUGCAAUUGUCAAAAUUAUCUUCAUAUCAUUAUUGCCUUUAAAAUUGAGUGAUUAUAGGUAUUCAGCAGUCGACUGUCUUGCAGCGCUUCAGCUUUCUUGUAAGUGUAUGAUAAAAAUGCAAUAAAACACUCAAAAUUCAAAUGUUAGUACAUUUUUGUGACUAAAACAUUUAAGUUGUCUGUUGUUUGUCUGUUUAAAAAAGUACAUGUUGGUAAUAAAAUAAGUUUUCAUAAUUCUA